AUGGUAUCGCUCACAACGCACAGAUCAGUGACCAUGAACAACAAGCAGAAGUUAGAGUACUUCAACGCCGUUUACCGCAUUGGGAAGAAGUUAGCCGAAGACGCGACGUCGCCCGAGGUCGUGCUAGCUGAGCGCGCCGCUAACAAGACAAUGGCCGACCAGAUGAAGGCUGCGAUUCCUCAGUGGAUCCCAGAUGGGGGAACGGCUGAACCCGGAGCCAACAGAAUCACGCUAGAGGAUCUCCAGCAGUGCCUAGAGCGUGCUGGGUGGGACUCAUAUUACGCCGCUCGGGAGGUCUUCAAGCUUCCUCAAAUCCAGCUUGCUGUUACCAAUUGGGGCGGCUACGCGCGCGCGUACGUGGAUACAGUGCACGACAAGAUCCAAGACGUCGUGCUUCCCAACUUAGACGUCUAUCUUCCCCCGAACGAAGAAGUGCGUGCGAGCGUUAAGUCCGAAAUCUUGCAACUUUUGGAGGCGCUGAAGGCCAAGACCCACCCGAUUGUCGCCCAAUUCGUGGCGUACCAUCGGCGGCCGUACACCUUGUGGACGGAAGACCUAGAACUCCUGGCGACACAGUUCGAAGCCACCUACGCUUCGGUCCUGGCAGAUGCACAGGAACGCCAAGCGUUCCGACUUAUGGCUGAAGUCCAUGCGUACUUACACCUCAUGCACAGUCGCGCCUACGACAAUAUCGUGAGAGCGGUAUGGUACGAGUUGUGGCUGUGGGACGGGUUCGAGAAGCAGAUUCAGCCUCGCUUGGUGGAUAAUAUGGAAGAGAUCCUACGGAGCAUUCUGGCUGACUAG